AUGAGCUCCACAAAGGCAGCCAGUGAAUGGUACAGCAAGGAAAUGAUGCUUGGUUCAAGAGUGGAUAUUGGAGUAGUUGGUAACAAAGGAAGAGAGGAGACCUAUAAGGAAAAGAUUGAAGUAGAUGACCAGAAGAAAUCCGUAACUCUUGUUGGAUUGGAUGGAGAUGUGUUCAAGAAUUACAAGAACUGGAAGGCAACAUUUCAAGCCACUCCAAAGGAUGAGAAAAGCUGCGUGGUGAAACAUAUUCUGCAAUACGAGAAAUUGAAUGAGAAUGUUCCAGAGCCACAUGCGUACCUAGAUUUCAUGGUUAAAGUUACUCAAGACAUAGCAGCAUAUCUUGUCAAGCAGGCUUAG